CUCUUCCCCCCUGCAGCUGUAGUCCUUUAACACUGCCGCAUACAUCUAAUUACUCCCUGCCUGCUCCCUCCAAACUGGGGCCAGAUGCUGCUGGGGUGAUUAGAUCAGCUGAAGUCAGUGGGACUUUUGCUUCCAGUAAGCAGUGAGCAAUGACUUUGGGACUGCCCCCUUAACUCUUCUUGCUUAGCUAUAAAUGCAGGCAGAACUGGAAUGAAGCUGUUCUUCUCUGUGACAACACAGCCAAGGAGAUUUUAAACCAAGGAUCAGUCACUCAAAAACCACUGAGGCAGAGUUUUCUGAUGAGGGGCGCACAAGGCACUAGGACCUAGGAGAAGUCUCAUCCACCCUGGCAGGAAUUUCUUGCUUGGAGCUCAGACAACAAAGGCAGAGGGAGCUUGGUUUUCUUUCUCUCAGCAUCUCCACCCUGCGAGCUGAAAACCGCUUCAGAUCUUUAGGGGUCACCAAACUAUGGAACUUGAUUUUGGACACUUUGACGAAAGAGAUAAGGCGUCCAGAAACAUGCGAGGCUCACGUAUGAAUGGCUUGCCCAGCCCCACUCAUAGUGCUCACUGUAGCUUCUACCGAACCAGGACCUUACAGGCACUGAGUAAUGAGAAGAAAGCAAAGAAGGUGCGUUUCUAUCGCAACGGGGACCGCUACUUCAAGGGGAUUGUAUAUGCUGUGUCCUCUGACCGCUUCCGAAGCUUCGACGCUUUGCUGGCUGACCUGACCAGGUCCCUGUCUGAUAACAUAAACCUGCCUCAGGGAGUUCGUUACAUCUACACCAUUGAUGGAGCCAGAAAGAUCGGGAGCAUGGAUGAACUGGAAGAAGGGGAAAGUUACGUCUGUUCAUCUGACAACUUUUUCAAGAAGGUGGAGUAUACCAAGAAUGUGAACCCCAAUUGGUCUGUCAAUGUGAAGACAUCAGCCAACCAGAAAGCACCUCAGUCUCUGGCCAGCAGCAAUAGUGCUCAGGCAAAGGAGAACAAGGAUUUUGUGCGGCCCAAGUUGGUGACCAUCAUCCGUAGUGGGGUGAAACCCCGAAAGGCUGUUCGUGUGCUCUUGAAUAAGAAGACUGCGCACUCAUUUGAGCAAGUUCUUACUGAUAUCACUGAAGCUAUAAAACUGGAGACAGGAGUGGUCAAAAAGCUGUAUACUUUGGAUGGGAAACAGGUGACCUGUCUCCAUGAUUUCUUUGGGGAUGAUGAUGUGUUUAUUGCCUGCGGUCCAGAAAAAUUCCGCUAUGCGCAGGAUGAUUUUUCUCUGGAUGAAAGCGAGUGCCGAGUAAUGAAAGGGAGCCCUUCAACUGCUGCAGGCAGCAAGUCAUCCCCAACACCACAGAAGAGCUCAGCAAAGAGCCCUGCCCCUAUGCGCCGGAGCAAGUCUCCAGCCGAUUCAGGUAACCAACAGGAUGCAAAUGGUACAUCAAGCAGUCAGCUCUCUACACCCAAAUCCAAGCAGUCUCCAAUCUCCACACCAACCAGUCCAGGGAGCCUCCGUAAGCACAAGGACUUGUACCUGCCUCUGUCUUUGGACGACUCUGAUUCUCUUGGGGAUUCCAUGUAAAGGAACACAAUGCCAACUGUCCGUGCUACAAGCUCUGUUAAAAAUACAGUACAGUACUUCUGCCAAAUGAAGCAGAUAGGUGACUGGGUGCUUUCAAAUCAAUCAAAGGACACACAGUUCUAUGUAAUUUUUUUUUCUGUGAUUUAUCUUCUGUGCCACAAAUCAACACUUAUCAACUUAUAGGGAUAGAGUGAUACCAUUCUGCUGGAUAACUUUACAGGGAUGCAUAAGGGGCAUUGCCAGCAAUCUCAGGCUAACAUGCCAGUGAUUUCCCCUUCUCUUGUAUUAGUUCUUCUUCUGCUCUAACUGCAUGAAUUUAUUAUUGGCUGUAGAGACAUUGAUAGAUCCCUACUAGUUCUACAGAAGUGAAUCCUGUUGAUUAUUCUAAAGCUAAAAGAAAACGAAUGUCCCUUUCUACCUUCUCACAAUGCUGAUAAAUACUAGCAGCUCUGUGACUGCAGAUCUGCUUCUCAUUUUGUGUCUGAUUUUCACACAUGCGUACUCUCUAUUGUCAAUGUCUGUUGCUGAAUAGCAGGAAAGGAAAUGGCUUAUUACCAUAAGAGGCUUAGGAUGCCAGCAGAAUGUGGAACAAAGAAUAUUGGACCAGUUUCAGAAAUGCUGCCUAAGACAGUGAGCAAAGUUUGUAUAGCACAAUGAUGACAUCAUAAAUUUAUAUAUUGGGACAUUUCUAAUAAGUAAGCUGAGAUAUAUAUGUCAGUUGAGUGUCUGGCAUGAACCAGAUUUAUCAUAAAACCCAAAGAUAAUGCUGGCUGAUAAUAAGUUAUUACAUCUACUGCAUGGUAUCUCUCUAUCUCUGCUUAUAAUCUUAAUGCCUUGUAAACAUCCAACGCUGAAAACACUGUGAGAAUUUGUUUUCAGGUCUGACACCUCUAGGUCGCUUUUUAUAGCAAGAAAUCAAUACACUUUUUAUAAGAAAAGAACUUGUAUCUGUGUUUUAGGAGUAAGUAUUCAAGCUCCUUCUUUUUUAUAAAAGCUGGUAAUUUUCUUUUGUUUAAAAAACACAUUAAGAAAAAAAAUUACAAAAAAACAACUACUGCAAACUAGUAAUAAUAACAACUUAGUUUAGAAAUCUUGUUGUCACUGCCAAACAGGCACUUGCAGGAAAAAAGGAAGUCGAUUUGAAAUAAUGAAUGUUUUGAUAGUUUUUGUAAUGUUUAAGCUAGCAUUUUUAAGGUUUUUCUUUACAUUUCAAUACUCCUAACUAUGGCCAGAUGCUCUACUUAUAUUACAGAUGGAACUUUGAGGUGUUCAAAGAAACUCUUCUAGCAGAAAAGAAAAAACUCUUAGGGGAUUUAGUGAAAAUCAUCACUUUUAUUAAUCAGUAAUGAAUCCUACGGGACUCAUCAAUAUAUUCCACAGAGCUGGUGGUUUUUACUAUGCCUAGACUGUAAUGGUAUAGGCUAGUUGGUAUUGCCUCUGUUUCUUACGGAAUAAGCUUUCAGCGAGACUGACUACUACAGAACCGGACUCGAAUGAAGUCCUUGCAAACAAAUGUUUUGUGUUGCUCUCUUUUACAUUCUUUCAGCACAUACGCAGAUUUCCGUAUUUCUUUUCAAUCCCUUUGAGUAGAAUGAAUUAUGGAGUCGUGGUGUUUGGUGCCACAUGAAUAACUUAGCUAGAAGAUGAUUUGGUUUCAUUCCUUUCAGAAGCCACUUUGUAUUUUAUUAGUUUGCAUUGCUACUAUUAACACUCUGUACAGGCUGCGUUUUUUUUUUAAUUCACAUGACAAUACAUACAAUAUAUAAAAGCAAGCUGCAGCUGAGAUGAUCCAAAAGAAGACGAUUUGGAAUUACCAAGGGAUUGGAGUUAUUUUAUACCAAAUUUUCACCCAGUAGUCUUAGGUGCAAACAUUUGUUCCUAGGGUUUUUCCCAAGAAAUGAUUUGUGCACCUACAAACAGCUGAAUUUAGAUGUGUAACUCCCUGGCCACAUGACUGAGAGUUGGAUAUUUGACCUACUGCAUCAAGACACCUAAAUGCAGUUUAGAGAGGUGAAGAUUCACGUUCCCCCAUAGUGAAAGCUCUGUAUUAAAGAAAGAUGGCCGUGGAGACAAAGCACAGUUGUGGCAGUCAGGAAUCCAAAGUUCAAUACUCAGCUAGAUUUUGUGUAUGAACUGGAGCAGGUCUCCAUUUUUCUGUGCCUCUAUAGCUGUCUGUACCAGGAGGAUAAUAACACUGCUCUACCUCACGGGAGGUUUGUGAGGCCACAUAUUCACUGAAGUUGGAAAAGUGCUUUCAGAUUCUCUGAUGCUGAAGAACAGCAAGGAGUAGUUGUAUGUGGACAAAGGUUUUUGGGGUGUAUAUUCACAUGGGUACUAAAUUAGAGACCCUUCUUGAAAAUAUGGCUUUUUAAGUAGAAAGAUAGCAUAGACUGUGAUUUGUUUCUGCAAAGUAUACUAUUAAAUCUAGGGCCUUUCUUUCAACAAUGAGAAGACACGUUUGCCUUUGACACAACAAAACAUGACCAUCCUUUCCCCUUCUCCUUCAUUUCCCUGUUGGGGGAAUCUUGAGGAUACCCACCAGUCUUUCACUUCCAGCCCUUCUAGAGGUCCUGCUCUGAACGGUAGCCAUCAUCUUACUUGCUCAAGUUGACUAACCAGGAACUGAGUGACAAUGACAAUUGUUAAUUAGACAGGGGACAUGUUACCUGAGUGAUGCAAGGUGCUCCUUCUGUAUCCAUGGUCCAAAGUGCCUUGCUGCCCAUCUCCUAGUCCCUGUCAAUCUAGGAAGCAAGAGGCCAGCUACAGCAUUAAGUUUAGGGGCUUCCUUAACUGCAGAACAACUUAUCAAUAGCCUGCACAUCCAGGCUGUCAUAUCUAUAAGAGGUCUGAGGCAUGUAGCUAACAGCAGUCCUGUACAGUGUUUAAAAAUCUACUGGGAAAUGACUUUUCUAUUCUCCAGUAUCCAUCCAGGUCAGCUUGCCUGAGACAAAGCUGGAACCAAUCUGGGUAACACUGAUACAGAGGUAGAUAGUUAUCUUUGCAUCUGCACCUACCAUUUAGAUAAUGAGAAGAGCUCCUUCUACGGGAACUUUCUAAAGAACUGUUCCAAGCACUCCUCCUGGAUUGUUCUUCAAAGCGACACAUCACAGGACUUGCAAACUCUUACUUGUAGGAGUGUCACUGUCACAAGGACUGCUCAGGAGCAAGGGCUGAGCUUGAUGAUCAUUUUUGACCAUAUGAUGCAUCAGCAAGGGAAUUUAGAUAGGCCUAAGCAAAGAAACCAUUUUCUUCAGAGGGAAAAAAUAGCCAUUCAAACCAGCAAAAGCCACAAGUAAAACAGGGUAAGAGUUCAAACUCCCAUGUUUUAGAAGCAAUUUUCCAGGUAGAGAUACCUGGACUGUAGGUAGAAGUCUGUGAGCAUUUCAGAUGUAACACAUUGUUAGUCUGUCGUAAUGCUGCUGUUGCAUGAGUACUUGUACAGAAAUGCAUGUAGAAUAGCGUACAUACUGUGCGAGAUAUCUUUGGCUUCACAGGAUCCUGAAAACAGACAGUACAAAAAGAAAUGAAUUGCAGGCAGAAUAUUAUAGACAUCAGAAUGGGCCUGGUUCAGGAAAAUAGCUAAGCGUGUGAUCAAUUCCCGCUGACUUCAGCAGGACUUAAGUCUGGGUUUGAGUUCUGCCUUGAAAACAGUCUAGAUGAGUUCUAGGAGCAAACUAAAGGAAUACUUCUGUAUCCUCCAAAGUUUAUACUUUUUUUCUUCUUCUUCUAAGUACAUAAAACUGCAGGGUCUGAGGAUCUGCCAUAUUAAUUCUGCUGUAAAAGAGCUGUCUAAUUUCCCCCAUGAGGUUCUCUAUAUAUUUUCAGAGACUAAUUGAAACACUGCAUAGUUUUAAAAUAAUACAGCAUUUAAAAACAGAACUGGUGGAAACUUAAGGCUUUUUAGAGGUCUGUUUGUGAGAUAUGACUUCAUUCCUUUAUUUCUACUAUGUCUGGUACAUUUCAUGGUGCUUGCAUAUUAGGCAGCAUGUAUGCAUGACGCAUAUCCAAAUUAAAGAGGAAUUAGAGAAGUUCUCAAGCCAUAAACAAACCAAGUCUCCAUUGCAAUGGCAGUUUUCUCUGUAGAAGAUCAGGGCCAUAGAGUAUAAGGUUUAAUGACCGAUCCUUCUGAUUUUUUAUUUUUUUUUAAUAUCUAAAUCCUAAGAUUUAUGAGUCAGAACAUCUUCUGGUAUAAAAUGUGUAGCUAAAACAGCUCUGCAAAUCUUGUCUCUAAUAGACAUCUGUGGUGCCCCUGUAGUAGACUUAAAAGACAUUAGUGAUUCAGUUGUAAUUUGGUAUGGUUUUGUGAUGAGAUGUAAGGCUUCCUUUUGUCCUAAAAUGCUCUCUGUUCUUAACCUCAGCAAAUUAACACAUGGUCUUUCCAGGUGCUAGCAACUCUCUUUGAAUUACUUUCUCUGCUAUCAGGAAAAGCUAGUUUUGCCCAGAAGAUAGGGGCUACAUUUCUUUCACCUUUUCCAUUAUGCACAUAUGGGCCAGCUGUCAUUUAACCUUUCUCAAAUAUUUUCCAUAAACCCUAAUUUUGAAUGAACUUGAGAGGGAGAGGAACUAAAAAGAUAUUGGCACACAACAAAACAAUAUCACAAGUCAUUUUUAAUAAGUAAAGGUGGUACAAAAAUAUGUUUUCCUUUAAGAUUAGAAAACGAUGAGACCUUUUUCUGAUGUCUUGGUGCUUGCUUCAGAAUGCCUUUGACUGCACUGUUUCAUUAUGUGACAGUUCUGGGAUUGCUGUUUGGGGGCCAUACUGUAUCCUUGCUGAGGUGCAACUCCACUGACAGGCAUCAGUGGAAGUCACAUUCACAUCUAAGGGCACAAUAUAGCCCUAAAGAUGCAAUCCUAUUCCGUGUAUUGUCAGCAAGUUUUGUCAUUUGAUUGGGAGCACAGUAGGAUGUUUAAUAAAUCUGUCCUUCACUUGUUGAGUCAAUGAGGAAAAUUUCCAUUCAUUUCCAUAGGAGCAAGAUGAAUUCUUAGGAAAUAAAGAAGCAAAAUAGAUAUAAACAGAGGUAGAAAGAAAACCCUCUGCCUUGUUCCAAGCAGAGAAACCUGAAACUGUGCAUGGAGCAUUCUCAUGUACAAAUAAUUAUACCAUGCAUAAAUAUUUACAUGUAGCUGAGAUGAAAGAAAAUAGUUUAUUUUCUUUAUUGGUGAUUUUACAUACUUGCUGUCAAAUACUAAUGUUACUUUUAGGUUUGCUGAUCCAGUAUCAAAGCAGACUAAGCUGGUUUCCAGGUCCUGCUUGGUCAUUUGAAUUAGGAUGGUUUAAAGAGUUUGCAAAUACAAGGCAGAACUCCUCACCUCUAGGUUGAGUGGUCUAGUUCAAAGAGGCAUGUGUGUUUGCAAUAGGGUAAUGGCUUUAUUAGUGAUAACAGAGAAAUGAUACAGCUAGCACUGUCUCUGAAUUUAGAACUGUUACCUCCAUGGCUAGGUACAGAAGUUACACAUAAACUGGUAUAAAUGAUCACAAACCUGUUCAAAUCUGUAACAUGACAGAAGUUCAGUGCACAUAAACCGCUUUCAAAAUGGCCAAAACCAGUUUAAGAUACCCUUGGAUGGAUGUAGCAUCAGACUUAACUGAUUUAGAUUAAAUUAGUUUAUUAAACUUCUGUCACAGAUCCCCUUCAGAUUCAAGUUAACUCACAGUCCCUCAGCAUCCCAGGAUACUUUGCACCAUUCCUGCAACACCUCCCCCACCGCAGAUGAGCAGGUUAGCUUUGGCCCAAGCUGUCUGCUCUGGCCAAGCAGGGAGGCAUACUCUAGCGCCCCCCCAGCUUCUGACCUGGGCCACUUUAAGCAUGUGGCUGCAUUUCCAAUAUCAAAAGUGAGUGUCUGUUCACUUGCUUAUCAGUUCAAUCUCUGCAGUUUAGACUAAUCUGAGAAGACUGAAUCAAUUCAGGCUCAGGUUUUUUGACCAUCUGUACUUAGCCCCUAAGUGUGCCUUCCAAUACAUCUCCCCUCUUUGGGCUUCAGAAAUACUUAGUAAUACUGAAAAGUCCAAUUAGGCCAGAAUAUAAACUGACAGAUGGGGCAGCCUCCCUGAAUAUCUAGCCUGCUGAGAUUAUUAUUCAGUCUCAUAUUUAUCCAGCUGAUUCUCCAUUAACAUACUGGGAAAAUGAUGGUAUCGUUUAUCACAGGUUCAUUCUGAGUGGUGGCACUGAUGUCCUCCCACACCAUGCCUGUGGCUUUGAGGAGUCCUGCUCAGUGGUGUCUCAGGAAUGAGAUGAGGCUAGUAAGAUGUCCUAGUGGGCUGUGUAUUAGGAGUCCAAGUGUUCUGGCUUCUACAGUAAUGGAUCCUAUCAUUGAGUGUUGUUUCCUCCCCUCCCUUUUUUUCUUGACCUGAAAUCCAGUAUCUCUAGUAAUAUAUACAGCUGACAAGCUUGGUUUGAGGUGAGUUAUUGAGGCCUAGAAACCGGCCCCUGCACUCAUCCAGUGCCCAAACUGUUCCUGCUUUUGGGCUAUGUGGAGCCAUUGCUUCUGGCCAGAAUACUAUCUCCUGCUAAACCCCUCUUUUUGCAAAGUUACAUAUAUGCCUGUUUGGGGCUCCUGGUGCUACUAGCCAAAAUUUGGGCCCUAUAUUUGUAAGCACUGAACCAGCUGCAUCUCUAACUCAAAGGAUUCCAGUGGCCUUACAUCCCAGAAGCCAGUGGACCUGUUGUUCAACUGAUCUUUGUCUGGAUUGGUUUGCAGAUAUAUCCCUUCAUGGGGAACAAUUGUCUUUGUUCUUUCUAUGCUAAUGUAUUUAGUAAGGCCAACACAUUUCUGCUCCUGAUCUCUGCACCCAAUGAACUAGAAUUCAAGAUUCUGACACCCAUUAAAGUUCCUCUGGUUCUGACAGCUUGCAUGCAACAAUUGCAGCCAGAGGAUGCCUAAAGGGAAGAGAGGAGAGAUGGCCGAGGUUGAUAAAAUUGCAAAGUCUGGAAAAAAUGAAUCAAGAACUGCUAUUUCUGUGCCUCAUAAGAUGUCUCAUAAAACAGGAACUAGGAUGCACCUAAUGAAAUUAUUGGGUGGCAGACCUCACUCAAACAGAAAAACACAGCACAUAAUUGAUAUGCAGAAUUCAUUGCACAGGAUGUGGAGGGGCCAGUAGUAUCACCCGGGUCAAAAAGAAAUGAAAGGCGUUGAUGAAGGAUAGGUCCUUCAAGUGCUAUUAAAUGCCACAAUCAGGAAUGCAACCUCAGGUUUAAGGCAUCCCCAAACCUAUAAUUGCUGGUAACUGGGAGGUUACAGGGGCUGGUUCUAUACACACAUGCCCUAUUUCUUUCACUUCUAAAGCAUCCACUACUUGCCACAGUUGGAAACAGGAUAUUGAGCUAGAUGAACUCUUGGUUUGAUCCAGUGUGGGAAUUGGCAACUCCUUCAGCAAUGAGAGCUCAUCAACUGACAAAGAAAGUUGGCAUUUUUGUUUCCCACUGCGACUGGAAACAAAGAAAGGAGACUUGUUCCAAGAAGAGUAGUAGAGAGCAUUUAUUAGGAGGUCCUUAAUGAGCAGCAGCAAAAAUGCUUGCAGGUCCUAAUAGUAUGAGAUCUGCUUGGAAGGAGAGUGAGAGGCAGAGUGGUGAAAGUGUCCCAGUCUGACACAUGCAGAAAUAGUAAAUAAAAAAAUCGGAGAAACCAAGAGUAAUGAACAAACGGAAACGUUAUGGACAAGGGAGGAGCUACUGCUUGGCUCUGGACUGAAAAGCAGCAGGGGCAGCAUGGCUGUGUGUGUUCCACCAGUGCCCAAGUUGGCUAGAGCUAGCUUGCAGUGACAAUUUGUGUCCCCCUCCCAGUCACAAAAAUAAAGUCAUACUUGGCUGUGGGCAAAAAGAUUUGAUUUGAAAUUCCUCCUCCUGUCCCUUUGUUCCUUUUUUCUGCCAGCGCAUAAAAGUCUGUGUCAUCCUCCAAAGAGUAGGGGGAAAGACAUGGCCUUUUGUCAAGUGACAGCCCCAGCCUGUGGUUUUGUUCCGUGUAAUUUUUAUCCCUCUGCCUAGGACUAGAAAUAGCCAUGUAUCACCAGGGCCUGGUUCCUGAGAAGACAGGCUUCGUGCUUUAGGAAAUCAUAAGACACACAUGCACAAAAAAUAAUGAGAGCCUCUCACAUUUUCCAGGCCCUCCCCUAAGAGCACAGCUGAAAACACAGGCAGAGUAGCCCACUUGAAGCAGAGCGAAGCUACUAUAGCUUCUAGUUGUAUUAUCUUGUUGAGCUGUGCUGGCAGAACCACUGAUGUUGAUCUUGUUCUUGGAGUUACUGACCACUAACGCGACUCUACAAAUAAUUCAGAAUACUUGUAACCCCUUUCAUCAGGAAGUGAGCCAUGCUGCCACACUCACUGAGACUGAACAGUGCUUCUGGCUAUAAAGAGAGCUGCUGAUUUUGCGGGAGUUAAUCAAGGAGUACGGCAGUGCUCAGCAUGGCGGGGGGCCAGAAUCUUGCCCAUGGAUUCUUGCAAUCGGCCUAUUCCAGGAGCUUGUAUAUCCAGUCUAUCUUCUGCUUUUUUAUCGUCUUAUUUUAAUUCUAUCUGUUUCAUUCUUGUAGGGCCAGGUUUUGAUCCCUAUUUCCUUGCUUAGUGUAGUUUAUAAGUAGCCCCAUUGGUUCUCCGCUUGUAAGGUGUUGUGCUGUUUCAUAUGAUCCAAGGUUUCCUAGUCUGCUGUACAUAAAGCAGGAUUUCUUUUCUGUGAAGCUUUUGGUAUAUGACUGCUGUCUAGGUUGUUGCCUGAGUAAAAGGCAUUGCCACUUAGUUGUGUUGGGAAAGAAGGAAUAGAGCCUUUAAACUGUUUGGUUGUCUAUACUGGUCAGCGUGAUUUUAGUUCUUUCGGUUAAAAAAGACAAGAAAAAAAAUUUUUUUAAGGAAUUUUAAAAUUCAUCAUCGAGGCAUCCAAAUUAUAGCUAUUAUACCUCAAAAAUUCAUGAGAAAGCAAAGCUGGAGAGAGGAUAUAGACAAGUAAGGCCACAUUUUCUUCUGGGGUAAUUCUUUCAGCAUCAUGGGUGACGCAGCAUUAGUGAAUUGAACGCUAAAAGACAAAUCAACCAAGCAAAAUUCUUCUUGAUUUUAGAGGGAGUUUGUUCAUUAAAGAUGGUAGAUUUGCAUCCUCGCUGUAGAAUCCCAUGGACAUAACACAACAUUUAACUAUUGAAAACCACUACACUGAAUUCUUAGCUGAUCAAAAUGAACAGAAACUCCACUGAAAGAAAUGGAACUCAAUCUGUUUAUCUGAGCAGAGAAGUUGGUGAUGAUUUCAACAGCGCUCACUCUAAUGAUCUAUGGGAUCAUUUUUUAGUAUUUGCAAAGGAAAUGCUAUGGGUACCAGCUGGAAAGUGGUCCCCUGUACACUUCUGUGAUACUUCAGUGGUAGAUGAUACAUAGAGGAAUUAAUUUAUGGCUAGUGAAGGAGAAGCAGAAAUGGUUCCACUUAUUUAAGCAUCUGUUUGAAGCAUUUUAGACUUGAAAAUCAGGCAGUCCCUUGAGAUUCUCAGCUAUAAGGCAUGUUUGAUCAGAUGAAGGCUCAGUCUGAUAGUAGAAGACCUGAGCUCAGAGGGUAGAUAGGAUCAGAUAUUGCCUCUCCUAGUAUUUCUCUGCCCAGCUGUAUCUGAAACCAAGUUGAAUAAUGGAUUAUGGAUUUUAAUUUUUUUUUUUUGGAGAGGAAAGUUUUGCCAAAUGGUUUUGAACAUAGAAAAGAAGUUUUAGGGUUUUUCACUUUGAGUUUUGAGGUAAACUAAGCUAGUUUUGAUUUUAUCCAAGGUGCUUGGCCCAUCUCUUUUUGAAGCCAGUAACCACUUCAGCUUUAUAUAAGAAACAAGGUUGCUCUCUCUCUCUCUUUAAGGAAUUUUUAGAGUAUUUGAGAUAUUCCAAAGCACAUGGAGUCAUAUCCAGAUAUGCUGGCAGCACCAGGCAGAGAUGGGCAUGAAACAAAACCAUGACUCUGAAACUUUGAUAGCCCAGGUACAGAACUGAAAGAAAGAACCAACCCCUUUGUCUGUAAAGGACCAAAUUGAAACCUUGAAUCAGGUUCCCUCUGAACAUGGAGGAAGACCAUAUUCUGACUGCAACUUCAGAGCAAAAACCCAGUCUUAGAACUGAAGGAUUUUUCUGGUUCCAUCUGAAGAAUUUACACCUAUGUCUUAUUUCUAAAAUUCCAGCCACGUCUCUGAAGUACUGUAUUUCCAAAGCAGUACACCUUUGACACAUUUUGUUCUUUUCUUUCACAAUAGAAAUUUAGUGUAAUGUCUAAUAAUGUGUCUCCUUGAGGAAAAGAAUGUCUAGGGAAUUAAUUGCACUGUUUAUCAGUUGGUGUCUAUAGAUAAAGUGAAGCAGAAGUAUUGAAUGUAAGAGCAAGAAACCCUACGAGUUGUUGUAAGUACAUGCUGAAUUCUGACGUGUAAAUUAGUGUUAGUUCAUUUUUAUUUAAAUUGCAUGGAUCUGAGCAAAUUUCCCACAAUGGCACUGAUAAUAUGGCUGCGAUAAUCCAUUUAGAAAACAUCCCCAGGCCUCUGAGGAAGAGGAGAACUGUUUAAGUAAAUCUCCUUCUAUUCUACAAAAUUGCAACACAGUUUGGAAGUUGAGAAGAUGACUUUCCACUUCCACUCUGCAUCUCAUCAUACUGUAUAGUCUAGAAGCACAGGAAAGGAAUAGCAGCUUGAUGACUUUGCUGUUACUAGCAUUUGCUUAUUUUCUUAAUUGCUGUUAUAAUCACAAGCUACAAUAAGCCACUCUGAAGUCAACUCCAGGUUCUUCAUGCCACCAUUCUCUGAAGAAUGUGUAUUGCCUUUUAUUCCUCAUAAGGACCUUGGAGUUUUCCUAGUCUGCAAUUCUAUUGGGAAGUAAGUUGUGCUAAGGGAAAUGUGCAGCUGAAGUGGAAUCUGAUCAUUGAUUACCGUCUUAGGUCAUUAAUUAAUUUUGUAUGAUAGCAUCAUUAAUAACAAAGCUGCAAUAUAAUAUAACCGAGAGGCCACAAUGUAUUUUCUAUUGUCAUUCAGUGGGCGGGGGGUAGGGGGCGGGGAAGCUGAGUUUAAAGUUUAGCUGGUAUACUUUAAACUCUUUGUACAUAACCUUGGAGGAUGUGUUGGUGGUAUGGGUUGAGUUGUAUUUGCUGGUAAACUUUGUUUUGCUUUGUUUAAAUAAUGACGUAUUUAACUAAUUACAUGUUGUAAAAAGAGUUAUUAAUUUAAACGAGGAUUUUGUUCUCCUAUAAUUGAUCCAUCUAACAUUUCAUUUUGGCAAGAAUUUUCCAUAACCAUGCCACAGUGCUACAUGCAGUGUUAAGUUGACUUUUCAUGCUUUUUUGGGAAGGGUGGAAUUUUUUCUUCAGACAAUAGCAUUACCAUUGUUAACUUACUGCUUGGGGACAUAUCUUGAAUUUCCUUUUGGACUGCAUAAUUGGAAGUUCUCUUAAAGGAAUAGGAACAGGCAAGAGGUUAUGCCAAAAUGUCUCAGUUGUAUCAUCUUGUAAUAUAUUGCAGCUUUAUGCCAAUGAUUCCUUGCUUACCUGUACACAGUACAUGCAUGUUUUGAACUAAUCCUGCAUUCUCCAUUUGUGGUGAGUUAUUUAGCAAUUUUGCCACCUUUUGUGCCAUUCAACUUGUACAGAAGACAUUUUUAUUGACGUUUUAAAGGAAAAAAAGAAAAAAAAAAAACAAACCUUCUGCUCCAUAGCUGUAGGUAGAACUCAAUUACUUAGCAAACAGAUGUAAAUUAGUGGUUGUAGUUUUAGAAACUUUAGCUUGCUAGUGAACAAGCUUUUGAGAGUAAAUGCAUGGUAUUGUACAUCUCAUUUCUUAACCUUCCUUUACUGCUGAAAAGAUUCUCUCUGUUUCUGUCUCUCUCUCUGUCUCUCAUUCUCUCGUGGUUGUAAGUUACAGAUUUGGACAUAAAUAAAAUGAUACGCAAAGUUUGAAAAGCAGUUCUCAACAGCUUCUUUUCAGUUUAUGGUAUGUAUCUUACAGAACAAAGCCUUUGUUACUUUUAAUUUGACAUUAAACUCUACAAUAAAACAGCUAGAGAUCAGUACUAUAUUGCCUUUGACCAAGUUACACAACUAGUUAACUAGUCACAGGAUCUCAUCAUUGCUAAACAAUGUGAUCUCAUUUAUCCAUGGCUACUGAAGUGUUAGGCAUGGGUUGUAUUUGAAGAUCAUUUUUCCCAAUCCAGGGCUUCUUUUAAGGAAAAUAGCCCCAUGGAUCUUUAUUUGCAGAGUUUGAAUAUAGGAUCUUUGAUUUUAAUGAAUGGACAGUAGGGUGUGGGAGGAUGAACAUACCUCUGUGGAAAACAACUCCUACAUAUCCCCAGACUCUGUUUUCAGCCUAUAGGGCUUGUUAUUUGGUAAUGUUGGUUUUGUUCUAUUUGCAACAGAAGACAGAAAAAUUCAAAGGCUUUGAACUACAGCAUCACUCAGAAAGACGGAUCUUGUAAGAAACAAAGGAAACAAACUUACUUGAAGCAAAACCCGAAACUUACCUAGAUCCACAUCUCUCUCCCUUGUGCCUCUUCUCUCAUAGUAGUACUUCCUUUUGUUAGAGGACAUGGCUUUCUAGAGCAAACUUUCACUUUUGUGAGGCGUUGUGAACUGUUUUACUGCUGUGAUCAUCUCCCCAGCUCUGAAAAUUCCCAUGGUGCAAUGCCAUGCAGCAGAGGACCUGUCUACUUUGUCGCUUUGCUCUCAAUAUUCGUUACUCAUUGUUUUUGCAUCUAAAUGUACAUUUGCAAGAUGUGUGUAAUGUCACUUUCAAAAAAUAAAAUUUGGUUUCAGUA